CCUGUCCGGUAAGCCCCGCCCCCUGUCCGCCUCGGGGCGCUCCCGGAGCCCCGCGGGCCCGGUCCCUGCCCUGUCCCGGCUCCCCGCGCCCCUCGGCCUGCGGGACACGGCGUGGGUCCCUCCCCAGGCACCAAGCGCCAGGACAGACCCCGCGGGCUGGAGCAGCCGGUUCCCCAAGCACUGAGGAGACCCGCGGGGUGGUUCGCGCUGUCCCGGGCACGUUCCUGCUCAUGCCAAUGGCAACCGUGAGCGGGGCCCGCGGGAAUGGCCCCGCUCAGUGAGGAGGCGCGGCGGGACUCUGGCUCUGCGGUGGCGGCAGCCGCGGCCCCUAGCGAGGGACGGGCCGGGCUGCGCCGACCCGUCCCGGGAGGCCGCGGCCAAGCUCUGCCCCGCGCGGUGACGUCAGUGCCUCCGCCGCGUGGCGUCACGGCCCCGUGACGUCACUGAACAUCCCCGUCCCCGCCGGGCUCCCGCUGACCGAGCGUUCCGGCCGGGCCGGUGUUUCCGGGGAAGGACUCGCUGGCGCUUCCGGCGCGGGCGGAGGAAGUGACGGCGGGUUUGUUGACAGCGGAGGCUGCGGCGGGGGGAGCGGGCCCGAGCAGGACGCGGACCCCGGCCCGCCCCGGGGAGCCGGGACCAGCCGGGACCAGUCCCCCAUGGCGCCAGCUAUCCUGAUGACUCCAUAAAUUCAUCCCAGGACUUCAUUUGAGAGAAGGAUCUCCUGCAUCAAACGCUUCCUUCUGCUCUUCCCCUUCCCACAAUUUCCCUCAAGAUGGCAUCCGACAGUCCCGAGUCGCUGAUGACCUUGUGCACUGAUUACUGCCUUCGCAACCUGGAGGGGACUCUCUGCUACCUCCUGGACAACGAAACGCUCCGGCUCCAUCCCGACAUCUUCCUGCCAAGCGAGAUCUGUGACAAACUUGUCAACGAGUACGUGGAGCUGGUGAAGACAGACAGCAUCUUUGAACCCCACGAAAGCUUCUUCACCCUCUUCUCAGACCCACGGAGCACCAGGCUAGCUCGGAUCCACCUGCGGGAGCACAUCGUGCAGGACCAGGACCUGGAGGCCAUCAGGAAGCAGGAUCUUAUUGAGCUCUACCUGACUAACUGUGAGAAGCUGACAGCCAAGAGCCUGCAAACCUUGGUGAGCUUCAGCCACACACUGAUCUCCCUGAGCCUCUUUGGCUGCAGCAAUAUCUUCUACGAGGAGGAGAAUCCUGGGGGCUGUGAGGACGACUGCCUGGUGAACCCCACUCGCCAGGUCUUGGUCAAGGACUUUACUUUUGAAGGCUUCAGCCGCCUGCGCAUCCUGAACCUGGGCCGCCUGAUCGAGGGGGUAAACGUGGAGACGCUGCUGCGGCCCCUGGCCUCCCUUGCAGCUCUCGACCUUUCUGGGAUCCAGCUGAAUGAUGUGGGAUUCCUGACCCAGUGGAAGGACAGUCUGGUUUCCUUAGUGCUUUACAACAUGGACCUUUCAGAGGAGCACAUCCAAGUGAUUGCACAGCUUCGCAAGCUCAGGCACCUGGAUAUCUCUCGAGACCAUCUGUCCAGUUAUUACAAGUUCAAGCUGACCCGGCGGGUUCUAAACUUGUUUGUGGAAAACCUGGUGAACCUCACUUCGCUCGACAUCUCAGGGCACACCAUGCUGGAGAACUGCACUAUCCCCAGCAUGGAGGAGAAGAUGGGCCAGACAAGCAUUGAGCCAGCAAAGAGCAGCAUUGCUCCCUUCCGGGGUCUGAAACGACCACUGCAGUUCUUGGGCCUUUUUGAAACAUCCCUCUGCCGCCUGACCCACAUUCCAGCCUACAAGGUGAGUGGAGACAAGAACGAAGAGCAAGUCCUGAAUGCCAUCGAGGCUUACACCGAGCACCGGCCGGAAAUCACUUCCCGGGCCAUCAACCUGCUUUUCGACAUUGCCCGCAUCGAGCGCUGCAGCCAGCUGCUGAGAGCCCUCCAACUGGUGAUCACAGCCCUCAAGUGCCACAAAGAUGACAAAAACAUCCAGGUGACAGGCAGCGCCGCGCUGUUCUACUUGACCAACUCUGAGUACCGCAUGGAGCAGAGCGUGAAGCUGCGCCGCCAGGUCAUCCAGGUGGUGCUGAAUGGCAUGGAGUCCUACCAGGAGGUCACAGUCCAGCGGAACUGCUGCCUGACACUGUGUAACUUCAGCAUUCCCGAGGAGCUGGAGUUCCAGUACCGCCGAGUGAACGAGCUGCUGCUGAACAUCCUCAACCAAAGCCGGCAGGACGAAUCCAUCCAGCGCAUCGCUGUGCACCUCUGCAAUGCCCUGGUCUGCCAGGUGGACAACGACCACAAAGAAGCCGUGGGCAAGAUGGGGUUUGUCAUGACAAUGCUAAAGUUGAUUCAGAAGAAGUUGGCUGAUAAAACGUGUGAUCAGGUGAUGGAGUUCUCCUGGAGUGCCCUCUGGAACAUCACUGAUGAGACCCCAGAUAACUGUGAGAUGUUCCUUAACUACAGUGGCAUGAAACUGUUCUUGGAGUGCUUGAAAGAGUUCCCAGAGAAACAGGAGCUGCACCGCAACAUGCUGGGCCUCCUGGGCAAUGUGGCAGAAGUGAAGGAGCUCCGCCCACAGCUCAUGACCUCCCAGUUCAUCAGUGUGUUCAGCAACCUGCUGGAGAGCAAAGCUGAUGGGAUUGAGGUGUCAUAUAAUGCCUGUGGAGUGCUCUCCCAUAUCAUGUUUGAUGGUUUAGAGGCCUGGGGGAUCUGUGAGCCUCACAGAGAAGAAGUUGUAAAGAGGAUGUGGGCAGCCAUCCAGAGCUGGGAUAUCAACUCCAGGAGAAAUAUCAAUUACAGGUCAUUUGAACCAAUCCUUCGACUUCUUCCACAAGGGAUCUCCCCAGUCAGCCAGCACUGGGCCACCUGGGCACUCUACAACCUGGUCUCUGUCUACCCUGACAAGUACUGCCCACUGCUGAUCAAAGAAGGUGGGAUUCCUCUCCUGAAGGACAUGAUUAAAAUGGCCUCAGCACGACAAGAGACCAAGGAAAUGGCCCGGAAAGUUAUAGAGCACUGCAGUAACUUUAAGGAGGAGAACAUGGACACUUCCAGAUAGAGGCAAUCACCCAAUGCCUCUUGCCAGCACUGUAUCCAGCUUCUCUCUAACUCACUGUACAUAGGGAGGACUCUUUCUUACCAACUCGCCCGUUGGAAGGAAACUUUAUGUGUGUGUGUGAGACCCUCAGUAGAUGAAGGUGAAUAGGGGAGGGGGGAGGGACUUUUUGCACAACAAAAUGCUUUCCUUAACUUAGUGGACUUUUUUGUUAUGAAGUUUCAGGUUGAAGUUCUGUGUGUAUGAUUUCUGUAUAAAAAGAAAACAAAAAACAAAGACAAUUACAUUUA